AUGUCUCCUCCUGCUGCCUUGUACGAGCCCACGGCCGUCCCCACCGGUAUCAAGGGUAAGGUGAAUGUCCCCGAGACUUCCACUGCUCCUUUGACCGGCCAAGGUCAGAGCAAGCUCCUGGAGCAGUUUGGUGGCAAGUGGGAUGAAUUCAAGUUCGCCCCCAUUCGCGAGAGUCAGGUCUCGCGUGCCAUGACUCGGCGUUACUACCAGGAUCUGGACAACUUUGCCGAAAGCGACGUCGUCAUUGUUGGCGCGGGAUCGUGUGGUCUCAGCACUGCCUAUGUGUUGGCCAAGGCUCGCCCAGACCUGAAGAUUGCCAUCCUUGAGGCGUCCGUAUCCCCUGGCGGUGGUGCCUGGCUCGGUGGCCAGCUUUUCUCGGCCAUGGUUCUGCGUCGCCCCGCAGAUGCCUUCCUCAAUGAGCUGGGUGUCCCCUUCGAGGAGGAGCCCAAUAACCCCAACUUUGUGGUCGUCAAACACGCCGCACUUUUCACUUCUACCCUCCUGUCGCGGGUCCUGGCUUUCCCCAACGUGAAGCUCUUCAAUGCCACUUGUGUGGAGGAUCUGAUCACGCGGCGCGACGGAGAUAGCGUUCGCAUUGCCGGUGUGGUCGUCAACUGGACGCUGGUCACUCUCCACCACGAUGACCACUCCUGCAUGGACCCCAACACCAUCAAUGCCCCCGUCAUCAUCAGUACCACCGGUCACGAUGGACCCUUUGGUGCCUUCUGUGCCAAGCGCUUGGUCUCCAUGAACACCAUCGAGAAGCUGGGCGGCAUGCGUGGUCUGGACAUGAACGCGGCCGAGGACGCUAUUGUGAAGAACACCCGGGAGGUGACCAAGGGACUCAUCAUCGGUGGAAUGGAACUGUCUGAAAUUGACGGUUUCAACCGAAUGGGCCCUACCUUUGGUGCCAUGGUCAUGAGUGGCGUCAAGGCCGCCGAGGAGGCCUUGAGCAUCUUUGAUGAGCGCAAGCGCGAAUGUGCCGAGUAA